GGGAUUCGUUCGCUGUCGGCAACGGGGCUCAGUGGAAUACAACUACAGAGUAGGUGAACAUCAGGCAGGAGUUCGCGUUGGGGUAAAUUUUUUCCAUCUUUAACAUCCAUCGUUCGGCCACCGUCUGAACAUCUAAAUGGCGGAACAAGUUGGCGUAGAGAGGAGGGCGGAACGACAAAAAUCCGUUCCUCAAAAGCCGGUCAUAUCUGUUAAAGUGACUGGUAUUGUUAAAUGGUUUAACGUCAAAAGUGGCUAUGGUUUUAUCAACCGAAAUGACACCAAAGAAGAUAUAUUUGUUCAUCAAUCUGCUAUUAUUAAGAACAACCCCAAGAAAGUUGUUCGUAGUGUUGGAGAUGGAGAAACUGUAGAAUUUGAUGUGGUUGAAGGUGAAAAAGGACAUGAAGCUGCGAAUGUAACUGGACCUGAUGGUGAAGCUGUCAAAGGAUCUCCAUAUGCUGCUGAAAGAAGAAGAAAUAACUACCGUCAAUGGUUUUAUGGACGUCGUCCAAAUCCUCGUGGUAGAAAUGGUCAACCUAGAGAUGGUAGUGCUGGUGGUGAUAAAGAAGAAGGUGAUAAUGAAGUAGGUGAACAACCCAGACGCUAUCCGCCUAGACAACCUAGACAACAAAACUGGUAUAAUAGCUACCGUGGAAAUAGAAGAGGAGGUCCACCUAAUAGAGGAGAUGGUGGAGAUUACAACGGAGAAAACUACGGAUAUGAUAGUUCUCCUCCUGGAAGAGGUAGAGGACGUGGUAUGGGUGCUCCCAGACGCUUUUUCCGUCGAGGAGGCUUUAGAGGAGGUCGUGGAGGUGGUGGUUCUGCAGGUCCUCGUCGACCUUAUCAUGAUGAUAAUAAUCAGGAUAAUGAAUAUAACCAAAAUGAUGAUGGAAGUAACAGACCCCGUCCCCGCUAUCGUCGUCGUAACAACCAAUCAAGAGCACGAAGUGAUGGACCUCAAAGAGCUAAUAGUCAAAGUGACAAUGAUACUAAACAAAAAAACUUUGGAGGAGAAUCAUUGGAACUGGAAGACCACAGCACUGCUUAACAUCCUCAUAAUUUGCGAACAGUUAAUUUAUCAUAGAAUCUUGUUUUAUUUUUCUCUUACGCAUUUGUGUUUUACAUGUAAUCUAAUCUUGGACGUUUUUCUUUUUUGUUCCAUUUUGCCAUGAUUAUGACUUAUACAAGUUCUACAAUAAUCAAUUUGAUUAAUUUGAUUGCCUACAUAUUUUGAUAUGUUUUAACUUUUCUUUAUUUUAAUCCAAUCAACAUCUGGAUUUUUAAUCAUUAUCUUGCUUGAUUGAAACUGAAUCAUACAUCUUUAAAAAUACUUUGCAUGAUAAUUUUCCUAAUUAAUUUUUUUAUAAUCAUCACAAUAAUAAGUUUUUAUAAAACAAAAAUUUGUUAAAAUAUUCAAGAAUUGAAUAAUAAUAUUUUAGAUAAGCAAUGUGUGCAUUAUUUGAAAAAUGUUCGAAAUAUAUAUAUUUGUAUAAUAUCGUAACAUUUUUUAAUUUUAAUAACUAAACGAAUGUUCUAUGAAUAACUAAAAGACAAAAUAAAAUUUAUAUUGUUAUGAUAAUUUGUAAUACAAUGUAUUGCAAUACAUACUAUACAAACUAGAAUGUUCUUGUAGAUAAAAUAUAAACUCCUUUUUUACUUGUCUAUAUUUUUUUAAUUGAGUAGUAAAGAUAUUAUUUUAGGAUUAUAAAUAGUGUAUUUCGUUUUUUUCAAUGUAUUUAAAAUUUUUAUGGUUUUGAUACAUUUUUUUAUAACAGAUUCAUUGUAAUUUAUGUAUUUUUUUAUAUUUUGAACACCUGAAUAUUGCUGGUAUUGUUUAAAUACACCCAUCUGUCAAGUUAGGGUGUAUUGAAAUUAAAAUCUGAGUUUUAUAAUAUUGCACUAAUUUUUCAAAUUAUAGUUAAAAAAAAACUUGGUAUACAUUUAUUAAUAGAGAUUACUGUGAUGUGAUUUUUUAAAAUAAUAUUAAUAAAAGAAACUAAUAUAUAAUCUUAACUCGUAUAUUU